UCAGUAGACAGGCUGUAAGAGAUUACAGUAGAACUCAGGCUUGUAGUUUUACCUAGUCAGGUCAUGGAUUCAGGAAGAACUCCUAGUUCUGCUGAUCAUCUGUGCCACAGUGUUCCUAUGUUCCCCAUCUCACCAUGCUCUCGCUCUGUGUGUUUGUGUGUGUGUCUCCACAACAGGAUGCUGAGGAGUAACCAGAUAGGCUGUGUGGACAACACCACUUUCACAGGCCUGAGCUCUGUACGUCUGCUGUCCCUCUACGACAACCGGAUCUCCACCAUCGCCCCGGGAGCCUUCACUACACUGCACUCCCUCUCCACCAUUAACCUGCUGUCCAACCCCUAUGUGUGUGACUGCCACCUGGCCUGGCUGGGUCUGUGGCUAAAGAAGACCAGGGUUGUGAGUGGGAACCCUCGCUGCCAGAAACCUGCCUUCCUCAAGGAGAUCCCCAUCCAGGACGUGGCUAACCCUGACUUUACCUGCGACGGUAUGGUGCACACAUAAAUGCGUGCCUGCAUGCAUGCCACAUACACCCCACAUGCACGCGCGCACACACACACACCUUCUAUGUCUCUCACAAGCCUGGCCCUGUUUCUUCCACACCCCAUCAAUUUAACCUUCCAUCACUAGUAUUGAACAACACCUCUGUUUUCUGGCCCCAGGCACUUUGUAAAGGGUCUUAUGACACCAGGCUUUGUCUCCAGGGGCCCCUGGCCCUGACUUGUAGCAGGAGUUGCUCCAGUUCCAUCUCCAUCUA